AUGGAGCCCUCCGCCAUCCAUGGCCGGGAUGUGGUGGGAAAUAUGGUGGCCCCUUCCAUCCCCUACAACACCUUGAUGGUAAGUGUCCCCCAAAAUAAGCUCCCCAGCGCCAUGAACGACUCCUCAACCGCCUCUAGGGAUUCAUCUGGUCCGGCACAUGCCUGUCGCUCGUCACCAUCCUUCUUCGUCUUGCUUUCCGCAUCAAACUCCUCCGUCGCCUCCUUCGUUUUCUAUCUAGGCUCUACAAUUCUCUGGGCCGUCUUAGCACGCACUCUCUAUGUCGUCGCCCAGGGUUGGAACACGACCCCUACAAACCCAGCCGCCAUCGUCGAGCUCUUCAACAACGCCGGCACUCUUCUCCAUGCCAUCCUCGCAACCUACUGGCUCACCUGGACCUCGCUAUGGCUGGUCAAGAUUGCCUUUAUGGUAUUCUUCUACCUUCUGGGCAGACACGCUCCUCUCCAGCGCUACCUCUGGUGGACGGUACUUGUCUGCAUCGUGGCGGCCUACUGCGUGACGGUCGGGCUGACAACAGAUGACUGUCUAACAGCCAGUGGUAUCGACAUUGCACAAAAGUGCAUCGGCGAAGCAAAAUUCAACCGGCAGUACUUUACCUCUCGCUUCCACUUGGCAACGGAUAUCUCGACAGACCUCCUCAUCGUCAUCGUAUCGGGCAAUAUCGUCUGGCGGGUCUCUAUUCCAUGGAAAAAGAAGCUGUUGCUGAUGGGCAUCUGCUGCUUGACCAUCGCCAUGGUUGUCGUGGCCAUCGUCCGCGCCGAGGCAGGCUAUUCUGGAACCUCUCCCGACGUAUCAUAG